AAACGGCGAGUUAUCUUAGCGCCAGUGAUAGCGACAGCACCUUCAUUUACUUACACGUUUCUCUGCUGCUAAAUCAUAUCAGUUUUAGCCUCAGCUAACGUUACCGCAACUUACUUGCAAUGGCUUUUUGGCUGCUUUGCAACAUUAGCAAGGUCGCUAAUUAGCCUUUGCAAAACCCAUGAAGUUUAUCCCCGAAGAGUCACAUUACAAAGCACUGGAGGCAGAAUGAGUCUGGUGCUACAUGACCUUAUGAUAUGCUGCAGAGGACUAGAAAAUGACAAAGUUACGGAAAGAAAGAAGGAGGUGGACCGCUUCAAGAGACUGUUGCGGUCAGCCGAGACAGUCAGGGAACUGGACCGCAUAUCUUCUGUCAAGAAUGCCAAGCAACUCACCUGGGAUGCUGUGUUCAGGUUCCUCCAGAAGUACCUGCAGAAGGAGACGGAGGCUCUGCAGGCUGGCAAGGCCAACGUCUCUGCUACCACCCUGGCCAACCGCCAGCAGAAGAUGCAGGAGAUCAGCAGCCUGGUCAAGUUCUUCAUCCGCUGUGCCAACAAGAGAGGUCCGAAGCUGAAGUGCUCUGAGCUGCUGUCCCAUGUGGUGGAAGUCCUGAGGAGGCCCUUCAGCUGCACUGCAUACGGGGAUGACUACAGCAGCCUGCUGCUCAAGGACAUACUCUCUGUCCGCAAGUACUGGUGUGAAAUCUCACCGCACCAGUGGCACAGUCUGUUGGAUAUGUACUGCGGGCUCUUCACGGGGGGCUCCAUAAACCGGGGGAUGGUGAGCCGGAUCAUCCACACGCUGGUGCUGGGCUGCAGCCUGCAGACGGGCGGCCACUCCCACGCCCUCUUCAGCUUCUUCUCCAAGGCCCUGGGCAACGUUAGGUCAGAGCGGCAGCUCGCUGUGCUGGAGAACCUGGUGUCGGCGCUGAACGUGUUCCUGCGCGGGGCGCUGGUGAGCUGGCGUCGGCGGGCGUGUGCGCUGGGCGAGCAGCUGCUGCCGGGUCUGCUGCACGCCUGGAGCCACACCAGGCCCAGCCCCCUGCUCAAGGACCAGCUGGUGGAGCUCUUCAGCCUGCAGCUGCACAUCCACCACCCCAGAGGGGCCAAGACACUAGACACAGGAGCCAUAGCUGAGGAUUGGUCCCACUGGCAGAGCCUCCUGUUUGGCCUCUACGAGUCCCUGGUCAGCGAGAUCAGCCAGAUCGGCAGCAGAGGGAAGUACGCCACCGGGACACGGCACUACGCCGCCAAGGACAACCUCAUCGAGCUCACCGCUGAUAUAUGCCACCAGCUGUUCAGCCAGGACAGCCGGGCGCUGGAGCUCAGCCAGGCCCACUACCGGGGCGUCCCCCUGGACAGUCCCACGGGCUCGGGCAGCAAGCGGCGGCGUGUGGAAGUGGGCUGGGAGGUGCUCCGGGACCACCUGCUGCCCAGCCAGAGCGACUUCGACAUGAUCCCCUGGCUGCAGAUCACUGCCACCCUGGUGUCGCGCUACCCGUCCAUGCUGCCCGCAGACGAGCUGGUGCCGCUGCUGUCGCUGCUGUGCCAGCUGCUGGGCGAGCAGCAGAGGCGCGGGGAGAGGGGGCCGUACGUGCUGCGCUGCCUGAGGGAGGUGGCGCGGUGCCAGGCCGCGUGGGCGCCAGAGCUGGCACAGGCCCCGGCCGGGGCGGCACGGGAGGCGGAGCUGGGCAGGCUGUGGGGCCGUGUUUGGGCACUGGCCGUGCGGGGCGUCAGCUCGCCGCUCCUGGAGGUGCCCAGUCUGGACCUGCUGAGGACCAUGGUGCAGGGCGGCCUGGUGCCCGCCGACAGAGACUUCUGGAAGCUGUUUGUGGGCUCGGCGUGUAAGCCCUCACUGUCAUCUGUCCUGGGUUUGGCCCAGGCCCUGAGCAAGUCUCCCGUGCCCAAGGCCGGCGUCGGCGGGGGGGAAAUCUCGGGGUGGGCUGCGCCGGAGGGGAGCAGACGGCCGCCUCUCAGAGAGGCCAUCAUCAGCUGGCUCCUCAUGACCAAUCAGAGCGAGGAGGCGGAGGACAGCUCCAAACCUCACCUCAUUCUGCUCAGGGACUUCCCAAGAUACCUCAUUCCCAGGAUUCUCGUGUCCCUGACUCUUAAAGACAGCCGAGCUGGAAUGGCGUUCCUCAUGGGAACCCUCACACCAGAGAGCUUUGCUCCCCAAGACCAGAGGACCUCAGCAGACGUCCGACCUGCCCUGUCUGAGAUCGAGGGCCUCUACCUGCAGUUCUCCUUCGAUGAUGCCCCCCCGUGUGCGCCCCAUGGGGUGGACGCCGGUGGAGUGGCCCCUAAAGACCCCCAGCUCACCCUGGUGCCAGAGCUCAGGACCAGGCUGGAGCAGAGCCUGCUGUCUGUGGCUGACCACCUCCUCAACUGCUACUCUCCAGAGAGCCAGGCCACGGCCCCGGAGAGCCGUCUGCGUUGUGCGUGCCUGCUGGUGGGGGUUCUGGGGGGGUACGUGAGCACGGGACUCCUCUCCGAGGCGGACCUCAGCCGAUCGCCACUCUUCCACAAAGCCAAGUCUCUGGCUGAAGAGUUCAGUGAGUAUGUGUGCACAGCUAAGAGUCGGCUGGCCGACGAGUCCGUGCUGUCCACCAUCAGGGUCGUCAUGACGAUGUGCUCUCAGAGUGUCAGCUGUGUGGACAAGACGGACAAAGUGUCCACAAUUUCCCGUGAUAUAUUCCUGAAGAUUUUUCCUGCACGAUUGCUGACUGAACUGACAGACAUAUGCAAGAUCCUGCUGACCUCUGGGAAGAGGGACAGCCUGUCAGUGGAGGACGCGCUGAUGGACGAUGACUGGGAGGUGAGCCGGACGCAGGUGGAGCUGCAGGACGACAUCGAUCUGUUUGACGACGGAGACGCGCCUCAGACCAGUGCCAACGGAGCCGCACAUGCCAAAGGAGACGGCACGGAGAUGCCACACAGCCAGGGGGCUAAGAGUGUGCUAUGUGAGGACCAGCUGCUGAAACAGGACCAUGCUCUGCUGGCGGCGCUGGCCUUUCUGUCCCUGUGCUCGUCGUCGGAGCGCGCCCCUGGUUUGGCCUUCAAACCGUCCGAGGUCCGCCGUCGCCUUUUCAAACUGCUGGACAACCUGGAGUUCAGCCGGGUGCUGCACCUCCACCUGUAUCUGGUCCUACUGAAGACUCUACCAGCAGAGGGCGCUGUGCUGCCAGCAGAGGACUUCGAUGCUCUGCUCAGGCCCCUGGCGGACAUGUGUUCACUGUACCGCCAAGACCAGGAAGUCUGCGCUGCGAUCCUAUUGGCCCUGCUUCCCGCCAUUCACAGCCUGGGCUCGCCCUGUUGCCUCGGUGAUGAGGAGGAGGACAUGACGCACGUGCAGGGGGCAUUGCUCCAGGUCAUCUCUGGCUUCUGUAUCCUGGGUCGGACGGGAAAGAGCACUGCCCCUGUGUGGGCCGCCUUGACCCAGUGUCUGGUGGCGCUGCUGGAGGUGGACCCCUGCUGUAAGUGGGCGGUGCUUACACUGAGGGAGGAGGAGCUAGCUGUGAGUGAUGUGCUCCCAGCCAAUCUGGCUGACCCUCAUCAUCACGUGCGCAUGCUGGCUGCCAUGACGCUGGACAGGUUGUUUGUGGUGAAGAAAGUAGCAGAUGAGGAGAGUAGGAGGCUCUUACCGCUGAAGAAGCAACAGGCGGCCUUUGAGAACAUCUACCUGAAAGCCCAGGAGGGCAUGAAGAUUGAGAAGUGCGUGGCGCCCGAGGACUUGCCUGAUGAGACCUACAACCGGCGAGCCACCCUGCUGAAGAGCGUCGCCAUGGUGAUGUGCUGCAGCCCGGUGUGCGAGAAGCAGGCGCUGUUUGCACUGCUCCAGUCCUACAAGGAGAACAGCAUCGAGGAGCGGCUCAUCAAAAAGGUGUUGAAUAGUGUGUCACGUGCCCUGAGCUACCGGAGCUCGGAGGCGCUGGUGAGCUCUCACCUGUACUACCUGGUGUCGGAGUGGCUGUGUCAGAGAGAGACAGAGAGGACAUACACACUGGAGGCCUUCCCCUACACACUCCUCAACCACAACACGCUGGAAGACUUCUAUCGGAGCUCGUACCAGGUGUUAGUGCCUCACCUGGUGUUCCUGAACGACUUCGAGGCGGUGCGUUCCAUCGGGACACGGCUGGGGCGGGAAUGGAGGCUGCUGCUGGCCGAUUGCUUCCCUCGGAUCAUGGUCAACAUCCUGCCCUACUUCGCCCAGUCGGGCCAGGACCCGCGGGCCGCACAGCACCGCGAGAAGGCCCACCGCGUCUACGACCUCCUCAAGGACAACAAGUGCCUCGGCAAGCAGCAAAUUGACAGCCUGAUCUGCGGGAACCUGGCGGAUAUCGUGGUGGAGCUGCUCGGGACCCUUUAUGAGGAGAUGGGAGCCAAGAGGGAGGAGAGGGGAGAUCUGCACAAGUUCACUGGUGAGUUGGACCCAGCCCCCAACCCUCCGUACUUCAGCUCCUAUGUGAUCAAGGCCACGCUGGGCUACCUGAGCCAAUGCCACAGCACUGCCAACAAGAGCCUGGUGGCCAUCCUGUCCAAGACCCCGGCGUCUAUCCAGCGGAUCCUGCUGGCACUGUGCCAGAGGGGCUCUGAGAGUGCGAGUGUGUACGAGCGGCACCGGGCGCUCAUGAUGUACCACCUGUUCGUCAGCCUGCUGCUGCAGGAGGUCAAGGACGGCCUGGGAGGGGCCUGGGCAUACGUGCUGCGAGACGUCAUCUACACACUCAUACACCACAUCAACAGCAGGCCGGUGUGUGCGGGCGAGGUGUCGGUGCGGAGUGUGUCCCUGUGCUGUGACCUGCUGGCCCUGGUGUGUCGUACGGCCGUGGCCUUCUGUGACGACGCUCUGGAGAGCCACCUGCAGGUCAUCGUGGGGACACUCACCGCACAGGUCACUGACCAGCCUGCCAUCUCCCAGCAGGUACUGGGCCUGUUGCGGUUCUUGGUGGUGGAGAACCCUGAGAACCGUGCCCUGAGAGCAGCCAUCCCUCUACUGGAACCGUUCCCUGACCAGCCGGCCUUCAGGGAGCUGAGGGCAGUACAGCAGCAGCUCAAGUACCGCAAUGGGGCGUUCACCCUCAAACAGGAGAUUGAGCAUUUCCUGUCGGUGACUUCCUGUGACUCGUUGCCACGGACACGGCUUGAGGGACUGAAGGACCUUCAGAGGCUGCUGCGCUCACAACGGCCGCAGAUGAGGAGACUCCAGGAGUGCCAUGAUGACCCUGCUGGUAGUGUUCUGGUGAGGCUUGUCCUGAGUCUACUGCAGCUGGGGAAAGUGGCUGCCAAUCUCCCUGGAGGAAGUGACGUUCUGGAGGCCAUCGGUAGCUGUCUGGGAGAGCUGGGGCCGGUGGAUUUGUCCACCAUCGCACUGCAUCAUGGGAAGGAUGAGGAGUACACCAGGGCUGGGGUGCUGUUCCCACAAGAUGCUGAGCGCCAGUGGAUCUUCAUCAUCCUCAGUCUGAUAAACAAAGCCCUCACCCACCACAGGAUCGAGGUGAGGCAGGCUGCGGCGGAGUGUGUGAAGGCCGUCCUUGCGUCCCCGUCUGGACUGGUGUUCUGGGAGAUGUACAAAGACCAGCGCGCCCCCAUGCUCGUCUACCUCAGCCCUUUCAGAGCCGCCAAGAAGAAGGACCAGGCUGUGAGACCGGAGGUGGACCCUGAUGGCCGAGAGCGCCUGGACAGCGAGGAGCUAUGGCUACCGUUGCCGGGGAAACACAGGGAGUGGCUGCGAGGGUUGUGCGUGGCGCUGUUGGAGAGUGGAGGAGUGAAGAGUGAAGCACUGCUGCUCACCAGACCACUCUGUGAGGUCCAGACGGACUUCUGCCAGCGGGUUCUGCCCCUGUUCAUCCACGACGUGCUGCUGGGGGACGGGGACACGGACGCGCGGGGGGCGGGCAGCUGGAGGGAGCUGCUCUCACGACACAUCCAGGGCUUCUUCGCCCACUGCAGCCGCCCAGCCAGCCGCGCCACCACCCCCAUGCCCGCCGACUCAGGGGACUCUGAGGGGAGUGGUGGAGCCCAGCUGGACAAGGCCUCCCUGCGCACCAUGCUGGCCGUCAUCGACUACCUCAGGCAGCAGAGCAAGCCCUCCGACUCCGACAGCCAGCCGUGCGGGACGGUGUGUGAGUCCAACUUCUGGCUGGAGCUGAACUACCUAGAGGUGUCCCGUGCUGCCCAGCGUUGCUCCGCACACUUCACCGCCCUGCUCUACUGCGAGAUCUACGUGGACAAACUCCGCUCCGAGCAGGAGCGCAAGCGCAGGGGCCAGACUGGUGUGUGCAGGAGGAUGAUGUUUGAUGAGUGCAGCCAGACACUCUCCAUCAGCAGUGUGAGUGAGAAGAGUGUGGAGGACACAGGAAUCAGUCUGCAGGAGCUUCUGAUAGAGGUGCACAGGAGCAUUGGAGAGCCAGACAGCCUCUAUGGGUGUGGAGGAGGCAAGAUAAUCAGCCCUCUGACCAGGAUCAGGACGUACGAACACGAGGCCCUCUGGGGACGAGCCCUGACCUCUUAUGACCUUCACACCAACCUGCCAGAGGUCACGCGCCUGGUGGGGAUCGUAGAGGGCCUGCAACACUUUGGCCUGACGGGCAUCUUGAACACGUACCUGCGGGGUCUGGACGCUGAGGGGGCGGAGGGAGGGGCGGAGCUCCGAGAGCUCAGAUUUCAGGCUGCCUGGAGGACCACCAGGUGGGACGACGCACUGCCCGACAGGGAUGAGAAGCUGGUUGUUGGCUUUAAUGAGUCAGUGUUCACAGCCCUGCAGGCCUUACGAGAUAAAGAGAUGUCCUUAUUCGAACAGACCCUCAAGAGCACCAGGGUGGCUGAGGUUGAGGAGCUGUGUAAGGGCAGUCUGGAGGCCGUCUCCUCUCUCUACCCCUCCCUGUGCAACCUGCAGAGGAUCAGCGAGCUGGACAGCACCAAGCAGCUCUUCUCCAGGCCUCUGAGUGAGCCUGCGCUACUGGAGGUCAACAGCAGGUGGCGGCAGCACUCUGAGCUGCUGGUGGACAGUGAGUUCAGCCUGGUGGAGCCCAUCCUGGCGCUGCGCUCCUCUCUGCAGGAGGUGCUGCUCGUGAGGGAGCAGGAGGCGCAGGCCAGGGGCCUCCUCAGGGCCUCCCACUGCACACACCUCAUGGAGCUGUGCCGACUGGCACGGGGCGCGGGGAACACGCAGCUGGCUGAGAGGGCACUGUUCCAGAUGAAGCAGCACAGCGACGUGGGCGCGGGCGGGGUCGUCACGGCGACGUCGUGGCAGCUGGAGGAGGCGCAGGUGUUCUGGGAGCAGAAGGAGCAGAAGCUGGCCCUGGGCCGCCUCAAGCAGAUGAUUGACAGCCUGGAGCAGCAGGUGGACAUGAACCCUGCGCUGGCCCCUGUGUACAGUGAGAGCCUGAGGCUGUGUGGCACCUGGCUGGGGGAGACGUGUCUGGAGAGUCCUGCCGUCAUCCUGGAGAAGUACCUGGAGAAGGCCGUGGAGGUGAUUGAGGGCCAUGCUGGUGGUUCUGACCCCAGACUGCAGAGCCAGAAGACCCAGGCCUUCCUGUCCCUGGCCCGCUUCUCAGACGCCCAGUACCAGAGCAUCGACAACUACAUGAAGUCCUCGGAGUUUGAGAACAAGCAGGCACUGCUGGAGAAGGCCAGGGAGGAGGUGGAGCUGAUGAGGGAGAGGAAGGUCGGCAACAACAGGUACACGGUGAAGGUUCAGAGGGAGCUGGAGCUGGACGUGCGGGCCCUGGACAACCUGCAGAAGGACCGCCGCCGCUUCCUGCUCAACGCCGUGGAGAACUACAUCCGCUGCCUGGAGCUGGGUCAGGAGCACGACACCUGGGUGUUCCGCCUGGCUUCCCUCUGGCUGGAGAACGCCGACGCCAGGAGCGUCAACGACGUCAUGGGGAAGGGUGUGACGAAGAUCCCGUCCUACAAGUUCCUGCCCCUCAUGUACCAGCUGGCCGCCCGUAUGGGCAGCAAGGUCUCCGGUGGACUCUCCUCCGAGGACGUCGGCUUCCACAACGUCCUCAACGAGCUGAUUUACCGGGCGUCGUUGGAGCACCCCCACCACACCCUCUUCAUCAUCCUAGCUCUGGUCAACGCCAACAAGGACGAGAGCUUCUCCCGCAGCGCCCUGUCCAGGGGGGGCAGCAAGCGCCAGCCCUCACCCCUCGACCUGGAACGGUCGGAGGUGGCCAGGAGCAUCUUGAAUAAGAUCCGUAAGCGUCGUGGUGCCAUGGUGAGGGGCAUGGAGACCCUGUGUGACGCCUACAUCACCCUCGCAUACAUGGACGCCAGCCGCUACAAGAACGAGAAGAAGGCCAUUCCCAUCCCCACCACGCAGCCCCUCACUAAGAUCAAGGACCUGGACGAGGUCACCAUCCCCACAAUGGAGAUCAAGGUGGACCCCUCGGGUAAAUAUGAGAACCUGGUGACCGUUCAUUCCUUCAUGCCAAACUUCUGCCUGGCUGGAGGGGUCAACCUGCCCAAGAUCAUCGACUGCGUAGGGUCAGACGGAAAGAACCGGAGACAGCUGGUCAAGGGUCAGGAUGACUUGCGGCAGGACGCAGUGAUGCAGCAGGUGUUCCAGAUGUGCUCCACGCUGCUACAGCGGAAUGCAGAGACGCGCAAAAGGAAGCUCAACAUCCGGCGCUACAAGGUGGUCCCCUUCUCCCAGCGUAGCGGGGUGCUGGAGUGGUGCUCGGGCACUGUGCCCAUUGGGGAGUUCCUGGUGGAGCCGCAGAGAGGAGCACACACACGCUUCAGACCAAACGACUGGACCAACCUGGCCUGCAGGAAGAGGAUGAUGGAGGCCCAGAAGAUGGACUCUGACGGGAAGAUGCAGGCCUUCUCGGAGGUGUGUCAGAACUUCCGGCCGGUGUUCCGCUACUUCUGCAUGGAGCGCUUCCUGGACCCGGCCGUGUGGUUGGAGCGCAGGCUGGCCUACACCCGCAGCGUGGCCACUUCCUCCAUCGUGGGCUAUAUUGUAGGCCUGGGAGAUCGCCACAUCCAGAAUAUUUUGAUUGAUGAACAGACAGCUGAGCUGGUCCACAUCGACUUGGGUGUGGCGUUUGAGCAGGGCAAGAUUCUGCCCACUCCAGAGACAGUGCCCUUCCGACUGUCCAGAGACAUAGUGGAUGGCAUGGGCAUCACCGGGGUGGAGGGCGUCUUCAGGAGGUGCUGUGAGAAGACCAUGGAGGUGAUGAGGAGUUCCCAAGAGGCUCUGCUCACCAUAGUGGAGGUGCUGCUGUACGACCCGCUGUUUGACUGGACGAUGAACCCGCUGAAAGCCUUCUACCUGCAGCAGCAACUGGACGAGCAGGCGGAACUGAACGCCACGCUCAACCCAACGCCCGCCGACGAGCUGGAGGCCCACAGGAAGGCCAGCAGUGACAGUCAGAGCUUUAAUAAGGUGGCGGAGCGCGUGCUGCUGCGGCUGCAGGAGAAGCUGAAGGGGGUGGAGGGGGGCGCCGUGCUCAGCGUGGGGGGGCAGGUCAACCUCCUCAUCCAGCAGGCCAUGGACCCCAAGAACCUCAGCCGCCUGUUUCCCGGGUGGCAGGCCUGGGUCUGAAAAACAUACACAAUACGCACACACACACACACACACACACACACACACACACACACACACACACACACACACACACACACGCGACUCACACCUGCAUACAUACACUGAUACAUGCAUGUACCUGCACCCACAUCUACACACACACACACACACACACACACACACACGUUCACACAGACAUGCAAACAUCUACAUACACAUACAAACGCACACAGACAUUCACAUGCAUAAGCCUCCUUAGAUAAACACACUUGUGUGCAUGCACUUAUAUGUGUACACACACACUAACACACAGACACUAACACACAGACACUAACACACAGACACACACACACAGACACACACACACACACAAAGCGUCGUGCCAUAUCUCCCUUUUCCUGUUUGACUGUAAGCCACUUAUGCAAACCAAAGACACCUGAACAGAAGACCCUGUGAUGACCUUUGUGCCCCCAAGCACGACGCACGACUCCAAUGCACUACGAUCUGCAAUAAGUGGAACGCCAGUUUCUUUUACGCUAUUGUAGCCUGCACCUUGAGAAGAGAUGGUGGAAAUCUCCACACGUGUCGAUGGGUUAUAUACUGUACAGUGAAGAAUGUAUCUAGAAUGUACUUUUCUAGACCGUAAAUAAUAAGCCUGUGACCAAAUUUGAUCAUUCAGAAUAGGAGCACUUGUUUACAACAUCAGAGAAAAUGACCAGUCUGUAAAUCUGUAAACAACCAUAUACAGUAUGCCUUUACUCUUUUUGUAAAGUACAAAUGUGGAAGGGAGAGUGUUUAGAAAGGGCAUGCCUGGUGUGUUUUGAGACUAAUAAUGCUAUGUACUGUACUUGCUUACACUUGAAAUCAUCACACAAAAAACAAACAGACAUCAAGUUCAGCGCUGAAGUGCUAAGAAUGGGUUUUAUUGCAGUAAGGCAUCAAUAGCUUUGAAAUAAGUGUAAGGUGUGUCACAGAUCUCUUUUAUUUGUUUGAUUUGAUGUAUAAUGAUUUUUGUAAUAAUAAAAAAAAGACUAAAUGAAA